AUGUCGCGUAACUGUGAUCUGAAACAACUGCGAGGAAACUCGCCGUUGAAGAAGGAGAAAAUCUUAUUCAAAUAUGAUAUUGUGGGUGCCAAGCUAGUUGUAACUGAAGAAAAGCAAAGGAAAUUAGUAGGCCAAAAGGAGCCCUCUUCACCAGCCUUCGACGAGGGAAAGAAAACUCAUCAGCAAUGUAAGGGUGGAAGACUGCGGCAACCGUGCGGUAGACGACAGCUAGAUGUCGUAGACCCUGCAAACGCCUUGCCCAAGGGAGUUGUCAAGAUGAUAUCGAUCGUUUUAUUCCCUGCAGAAAUGCUUGUUAGCUUCACCGCACGCACGGUGAUUGGUAGCUAUGCUGCCGAUGAAUGCCUAAUCAGCCGUGGGAUCUUUAAGCUGGUAUCAUUGGCCAUGGCGGACCUAAUUGUUGGCACUUUUGUGAUGCCAUUCAGUAUUUACCUCUCAUUGGAGCAGUACAUAAAAUUGCUUCAGGGGCUCCGGAAUGUCGAACAGCUCAGCAUCACUACACAUACACGAGACGAGAAUGACGUUUGA